UGCAAUGAAUCCCGUACCGAGCCGCGAGUUCCUGGAGGUUCAUCCGCUGCACCAACAUCAGCCGCACUGCAAGCAGCAAUGCUUUGUGUUCACGGAGAUAGCGGACAUCGAGCUGCCCGCGGAGAUUACCAAAUUCGGAGGUGGAACUGAGAAGAUCCGGUGCUCCAACGGGGGCAUUCCCACCUACAGUUCCAAGAAGGACUCCUGCAGCGAGUCCUCGGGCGAAAGACCGGAGCGAUCUCGGGGGCGGAAGAUUCUGCUGGGCGUGGGUGUGGUGCUCCUGUGCAUCGCCAUGGCCGGGGGCAUUCCACUGGCCCUCCAGCUGCGCUCCUCGUCGCUCCUGGAGGCUCGUCUGGCCUUCAUCCGCCGCCUGCUGACCGAGUCGCCGCUGAUCGAGGGCUCCUGGAAGCCACCGAGCACCAUGAGCCUGAACAGCAGCAAUCUGUUCGAGGUGCGACAGAACCACAUCGGAGCUGUGCUCUGGCCCAUUGCCGUGCCGUGUGGAGCCCAGUAUCUGGAUGCAGUGCAGCUCACUCUGGAGGGGAUCGACAGGGCCAAGCGCAUUACCGCCGCCACGAACUUGAUGCACAUUGUGGAGUCGGCGGACGAGAUGGAGCAGACCCACCUGCAGGGUGAGGUGGCUGUCCUCAUGGGGAUCAGUGGUGGCCAUGCCCUGGGCACCAGCACGGCCGUCUUGCGCUCCAUCUACCUGCUGGGAGCUCGGUUCGUGUCCAUCACGAGCCUGGAGUGCACCACUCCUUGGGCGGCGGCGGCCAUCCGAAGACCCGAUUAUCUCGUCGAGGAGAACAUGACGAAUUCGUUCAACGAAUUCGGGCAGACAAUGGUCUUUGAGAUGAAUCGAUUGGGAAUGCUGGUGGAGAUAUCGAUGCUCAGCGAGGCUGCCAUGUUGGCCGUCUUGAAAACGGCCAAGGCUCCAGUGCUGCUUACAAACGCCACACCGCUUUCCAUGUGCAAUAGUAGCAGCACAGCUUCCAUUCCCGAUCAUGUUCUCAGCCUGUUGCCCGAGAACGGUGGCGUUAUAUUGCUCAACCUGGAGCGCUGUGGAGAUCGAACACUGGGCGUUCGGGAGGCCAUUACUGCCAUAAACUAUGUGCGUAAGGUGGCCGGUGUGGAUCACAUUGGACUAGGUGGAGCUCCGAAAAGCUAUGCCCUCCUGCUGGCCGAACUGGCUCGGGACAGGGUGUGGGGUAAUGCAGCCAUUAAGAAGCUGGUCGGAGGCAAUGUGAUGAGGAUUCUGCGGGAAAUCGAGACCCUCAAGAACCGAUUGCCCUUGUACGAGGAAUGGAUUCCGCACGAGUCCAUCGAAAGCAAUUCCUAUUGCCGCUAUCCGGAGUCUUAGAUCAGCUCCUUCAAUUGGCUCAAUCGAUUGUUCUAAAAUAAUUACUAAAAUAUUUAAUUAAACUAUUAAAGUACAAUUGACUUCUUGUUGCAUUUAGAAACCAGAAAUAGGUGUUAAGUGCAAGUAGUGAUAAUAUUAA